GAUGGGCGCCAGGAGCGCGUUCAGUUCGACAAGAUCACAGCCCGUGUUUCAAGGCUUUGCUAUGGGCUUGACAUGGACCAUGUUGAUCCUGUUGCCAUCACUCAGAAAGUCAUUUCCGGUGUGUACGGAGGCGUCACAACAGCUCAGCUCGACGAUUUGGCCGCCGAGACUGCCGCUUACAUGACCGUCACCCACCCCGACUAUGCCAUUCUCGCCGCCCGUAUCGCGGUUUCCAACCUUCACAAGCAGACCAAGAAGCAAUGGUCGUCAGUAGUCAGCGAUUUGUACCACUACGUCAACCCAAAGAAUGGCCGCCCUUCGCCCAUGAUUGCCAAGGAGACAUACGAGUGCGUCAUGAGGCACAAGGACGACCUUGACUCGGCCAUUGUCUACGACCGUGACUUCAACUACCAAUACUUCGGCUUCAAGACACUGGAGCGAUCAUACCUUCUCAAGCUCAACGGCAAGAUUGUUGAGCGGCCACAGCACAUGAUCAUGCGUGUGGCUGUCGGCAUCUGGGGAGACGACAUUGAGCGUGUCAUUGAGACCUAUACCUACAUGUCCAGCAAGUUCUUCACGCACGCCUCGCCAACUCUCUUCAAUGCCGGUACCCCCCAGGCUCAACUAUCGUCAUGCUUCUUGGUCGACAUGAAGGAUGACAGCAUUGACGGCAUUUACGAUACCCUCAAGACUUGCGCUAUGAUCUCCAAGAUGGCUGGCGGUAUUGGUCUCAACAUCCACCGCAUUCGCGCCACUGGUUCGUACAUUGCCGGCACCAACGGCACCUCCAACGGCAUUGUCCCCAUGCUUCGCGUCUUCAACAACACCGCUCGCUACGUCGAUCAAGGUGGCAACAAGCGCCCCGGCGCCUUCGCUAUCUACCUCGAGCCUUGGCACGCCGAUGUGUUUGAGUUCCUCGACCUCCGCAAGAACCACGGUAAGGAGGAAAUUCGCGCUCGCGAUCUCUUCCUUGCCUUGUGGAUCCCUGACCUGUUCAUGAAGCGUGUUGAAAAGAACGGAGAGUGGACCCUCAUGUGCCCCAACGAGUGUCCCGGCCUUGCCGACUGCUACGGCGAGGAGUUUGAGGCUCUGUAUGAGAAGUACGAGAAGGAGGGCCGUGGCCGCAAGACGAUCAAGGCCCAGAAGUUGUGGUAUGCCAUCCUCGAGGCCCAAACCGAGACUGGCAACCCCUUCAUGCUGUACAAGGACGCUUGCAAUCGCAAGAGCAACCAACAGAACCUUGGUGUGAUUCGCAGCUCCAACCUGUGCACUGAGAUUGUUGAGUACUCGGCUCCCGAUGAGGUUGCCGUCUGCAAUCUUGCCUCGCUCGCCCUUCCUCAGUUUGUUGACUAUAACGAGGCCAAGUUCGACUUCAAGAAGCUCCACGAGGUCACCCAGAUCGUCGUCCGCAACCUCAACAAGAUCAUCGAUGUCAACCACUACCCCGUCAAGGAGGCUUACAACAGCAACAUGCGCCACAGACCCAUUGGUCUUGGCGUUCAGGGUCUUGCUGAUGCUUUCCUCGCUCUGCGCAUGCCUUUCGAGUCAGCUGAGGCUCGCGAGUUGAACAAGCAGAUCUUUGAGACCAUCUACCACGCUGCUUUGACCAUGUCGUGCCAGCUUGCCAAGGAGCAGGGCACCUACUCCACCUACGAGGGCUCUCCCGUCUCCAAGGGCAUCCUUCAGUAUGACAUGUGGAAUGUGAAGCCCAGCGACCUCUGGGACUGGGAUGAGCUCAAGGCCGAGAUCAAGAAGAACGGCGUCCGCAACUCGCUGUUGGUUGCCCCCAUGCCGACGGCCUCCACCUCCCAGAUUCUGGGCAACAACGAGUGCUUCGAGCCCUAUACUUCCAACAUCUACCAGCGCCGUGUGCUUGCCGGCGAGUUCCAAGUCGUCAACCCCUGGCUUCUAAAGGACCUCGUCGAUAUGGGUCUCUGGUCUGACAACAUGAAGAACCGCAUCAUUGCGGAGGGUGGCUCCAUCCAAAACAUUCCCAACAUCCCGGCCGACAUCAAGGCCCUGUACAAGACCGUCUGGGAAAUCUCUCAGCGUACCAUCGUCCAGAUGGCUGCCGACCGUGGCGCCUUCAUCGAUCAGUCCCAGUCGCUCAACAUCCACAUGCGUGAUCCCACCAUGGGCAAGAUCACCAGCAUGCACUUCACUGGCUGGAAGUUGGGUCUCAAGACUGGCAUGUACUACCUCCGUACCCAGGCUGCUGCGCAGCCCAUCCAGUUCACCGUCGAUCAGGAGGCCCUCCUGGUGCAGGAUAGUGCCGUUGCCAAGACAUCAUCCGGGCUUAAGAAGCGCGCUCCUCCCGGCAGCUACAUGUCGUCCCCCAGCGCGGUCCCCCGGCCCAUGGCCUUUGUGAAGGAUACCCCCGGUGGUCUCAGCAACGGCGCUCCCACCACCCCUCCUCCUAUCAAGACCCCCACCGCUGGUGAGGUCAAGUCACGUCCUCUGGCAUCGCCAGCGAAGCCUCCUCCGUUCAAGGCGGACGUUCCGGAAGGUGACAGCCCCAAGGCUCUCCCCACCGAGCCGGCUGAGAAGCCCAAGGAGGAGUCCCUCGACGCUCCGGCUGCUGAGGUCAAGAAGGAGGCGGAGGACAAUGACGACGAAAGCAAGGAGCGUGAGGUGGACAUUUAUUCCGAGGCAGUGCUUGCUUGCAGCAUUGAAAACCCCGAGGCCUGCGUGAUGUGCAGCGGUUAA